CACAGACACACGCCCGCACACAGACUUUCACUCCCCUCACUUUCUCUGUCAAUUAUUCUCUCUUUUUGCUUCCCCCAGGAGGAGUAAUCAAUCAGGUUGGGUAAGUAAGAAUCUGGUAAGAGAAGAAGGUGAAAAAAAUGUAAAAGAAAGAAAGAAAGAGACUGGUAGACCGGAAGUAGUAAUAAAAGCGAGGAAGAAAGAAAAAGAAGGGACUUCUUGUAGUUGUGGGGGGGAAGAUGGGACGAAGAAAGACUACUACUCUUCCUUUUCCUCGUGGUUGAUAAGCACUAUUGUAGAGUUUCUCGUUGCUAAACAAGAUAAAAAUACUCUCCCUACAAGCUCAUUUACACUCUCCAUAGCAAGUCAAGAAAAGGGGUUUUACUAGGAAGAAAAAGUAAAGGAAGAGAGAGAGAGAGAGAUAGAUAGAGAGAGGAGAGAUGGUGGGCUCAGGAGCAUCAGAUAGGAGCAAAGAAGCAGUUGGGAUGAUGGCCCUUCAUGAGGCCCUCAGAAGCGUCUGUCUCAACACAGACUGGACUUACUCAGUCUUCUGGACCAUUCGUCCUCGCCCGAGGGUCAGAGGUGGCAAUGGUUGCAAAGUUGGUGAUGACAAUGGUAGCUUGAUGUUGAUGUGGGAAGAUGGAUUCUGCAGAGGAAGAGUUGGGGAGUGUUUGGAUGAAAUUGAAGGCGAGGAUCCUGUCAGAAAAGCCUUCAGCAAAAUGUCUAUUCAACUAUAUAAUUAUGGAGAAGGGUUGAUGGGGAAGGUGGCUUCUGAUAAGUGCCAUAAAUGGGUUUUCAAAGAGCCUACGGAAUGUGAACCGAAUAUCUCCAAUUACUGGCAGAGUUCAUUUGAUGCUCUUCCUCCCGAGUGGACUGAUCAGUUUGAGUCAGGUAUUCAGACUAUUGCUGUAAUUCAAGCUGGCCAUGGCCUCUUGCAGCUCGGUUCCUGCAAGAUUAUACCUGAAGACCUCCACUUUGUGCUGAGAAUGAGGCACACAUUCGAAUCUUUAGGCUAUCAAUCAGGGUUUUACCUAUCUCAGUUGUUCUCUUCCACAAGGAAUAGUUCAUCUCAAUCUGGAGUUCCUAUGAAGCAGCCUACCAUGCCUAUUCGCUCUCCCCCUCCCCUCUUCAGUUGGGGUCCCAGGCCGAUUCCUUCAGCAAAUGCAGUCCUUGCAUCUCCCAGCUUUCAAAACUCUGCCAGGCUUGGAAUACCACCGUCCAAAGAUGAGACUCAUAUGUUCCUUCUUCCUCAUUCAUCUGAAGCAAGAAUGGAAGAUAUGAUGGGAGAUCAUGAACAUGACAUCAAGUGGCCUAAUGGAUUGACAUUCUUCAAUGCUCUCACCGGACGAAGUGACGAUGCUAAGCUUUUGUUCAAUCCUGAUGGUUUAGGUAGCAAGGCAGAGCAAAAUCAUCAUCCAAAUCCAAAUUCAGAUGCUUCAAGUUUGCAUAACAGUAGCGGUGCAAAUCCAAACGAGUUCUUGAGCUUGGAUAGCCAUCCAGAUAGCGUUAGGAAGAUGGAGAAUAAGUUCAAGAGGAGCUUUACAUUGCCUGCAAGAAUGAAUUCAUCUUCCUCAUCCACCUCACUAGAUCACCAUCAACAUAAUCCUGGAGAGUAUAGGAAUGAAGCAGGGAUGUAUUCUGAUGUCAUGGAAACUUUCCUGGAGUAAUUUGGCAAGGAUUGUAUGAGGGCAUUAAGGGUGCAAACUUGUAUUUAGGCAGCCCUUGAGCUCUCCCUUUGUCUCGGAAUCAUGUUUGUUUUAGACUUCUAGUGCUCUUGGUAUCUUGUUCUUUCAUCCAAUGGACAGUUUUCCAUGUUGUUUUAGAUUCUCAAGUUCAUCUUAGUGAAACAUCUAACCCCCAAAUGGCCUAUAAAAUCGGCCAUUAUGGAGACUA